AUGGCUCUUAGAACAAUCAUGGACGUCUAUAUUGUUGGCUUUGUACGGAGCGGCAUUGCUGACAGCUUCUCAUAUCAGCUCACCAAUUAUUCUUAUAUAGCCGUCGCCGGCUACAUAGCAGAUCGGAUUCAGUCCCGACGCUGGCCUCUUCUUAUAGGACUGGUAGCCCUAGGAGCUGCCACGGCGUUGCUCUGUGUAGGGACCAAUAUUGGGCUUUGGAUCGCUGGCCGGCUGUUCCAAGGAGCAUCCGCAGCUAUUGUCUGGACAGUAGGCUUAGCCCUCUUGGUUGACACGAUCGAAAAAGAAGCUCUGGGCGAGGCGAUGGGAUAUGCAGCCAUGGGCAUCACACUCGGAACAAUGGGAGGCCCUCUCCUGGGAGGUGUCAUUUAUGAAAAGGGAGGCUACUAUGCUGUUUACGGGCUGGCCUUUGGCAUAGUCGGCUUCGAUAUCUUCCUACGGAUUGUCUUGAUUGAGAAGAAGCAUGCCGCGAGAUGGCUUGAGAUCGAGAAGCCAUCUUCUGAGCUUGGAGAGAAUACGUCCGAAAAACAGCCUAUACCCGCAUAUGGUACCAACUCCUUCUUGAGUGGAGGACCCGAAACCAGCACUCGCAGUGGGCAUAAAGAUACGUCGAACGAUAGCGCAUCGCAAAGCAAUACUCUUCAUAGUGAGGAUUCAGAUUCAAAGGAGCCUCGCAAGCGACGUUUUAGUGCCAUCACUACUUUACUAGCAUCUGAUAGGAUGCUUGUCACUUUGUGGGCAUAUUUCAUUGUAUCCGUCGCCCUGACAUCUCUCGACAGUGUACUUCCACUUUUCGUCCAGGACACAUUUGGUUGGAAACCGACAGCGCAGGGGCUCAUCUUUAUUCCCGUGUCUGUACCACAUCUUCUGGAUCCAUUGUUCGGUUAUCUUAAUGACAAGUUUCCCAAUGCCCGACGGUUCAUAGCUGCUGGGGCACUUUUUGGCACUGUGCCGCUGUUUGUGCUACUCCGACUAGUCACCACGAAUUCCAUGAGCCAUAAGGUGCUUCUCUGCGCGUUGCUGGCGCUUCUUGGAUUGUGUCUGGCUCUCCUAAUUCCUCCUCUUUUCGUGGAGGCAUCCUACGUCGUUCAGGAGAAAGAGGCAGAGAAACCUGGCGUUUUUGGCAAGGGAGGCGCAAUGGCUCUUGCGUACGGUAUUCUCAAUUCCGCUUUCGCAGCUGGAAGCAUUGUUGGGCCUUUCCUUGCGGGUUUCAUUCGUGAAAGCGCUGGCUGGGGCACGAUGACUUGGACGUUGGCUUUGCUUACGGGAGUGUCGGCUCUACCGAUCCUGCUGUUCCUGGGAGGGCGCAUAUGGAAGCCUAUGGGACGACAAGUUGUAAGUCAUGCUCCUGAAGCGCUUGGAUAA